UUUUUUUUUUCUUUUUGAUUCUUGAAGGGCAACCAUGUUGAAACUUUUACAAUCUACCUCUCCCAUGACUGUACGCGCCUCACGUACAGUCGGUCGUUUGGCUAUUCGUGGUCUUCACCAUUCCAAACCUUCUAUGCAAGUUAUGGCUUCUCAACCUUUGAAUGCUAAGGAAGCUACUGGUUCCAUUGCUAGUAAAUACCCCAUCAUUGAUCAUGAAUAUGAUGCUGUUGUUGUUGGUGCUGGUGGUGCUGGUCUUCGUGCUGCUUUUGGUCUUGCUGAAGCUGGUUUGAAUACUGCUUGUAUUACCAAGUUGUUCCCUACUCGUUCUCACACUGUUGCUGCUCAAGGUGGUAUCAAUGCUGCUCUUGGUAAUAUGACCGAAGAUGAUUGGAGAUGGCAUAUGUAUGAUACCGUCAAAGGUUCUGAUUGGCUUGGUGAUCAAGAUGCUAUUCAUUAUAUGUGUCGUGAAGCUCCCCAUACUGUUUAUGAACUUGAAAACUAUGGUGUUCCAUUCUCUCGAACUGAAGAAGGCAAGAUCUAUCAACGUGCUUUUGGUGGUCAAAGUUUGAAAUUUGGCAAAGGUGGUCAAGCUUAUCGUUGUGCUGCUGUAGCUGAUCGUACUGGUCAUGCCAUCCUUCACACUUUGUAUGGUCAAUCUCUUCGCCACAACACCAAUUACUUUAUCGAAUAUUUCGCUCUUGAUUUGAUUAUGGAAGAUGGUGAAUGUAAGGGUGUCAUUGCUUUGAACAUGGAAGAUGGUACUCUUCAUCGAUUCCGUUCUCACAAGACUGUUUUGGCUACUGGUGGUUAUGGUCGUGCUUACUUCUCUUGUACUUCCGCUCAUACUUGUACUGGUGAUGGUAAUGCUAUGGUUGCCCGUGCUGGUCUCCCUCUUCAAGAUCUUGAAUUUGUUCAAUUCCAUCCUACUGGUAUCUAUGGUGCUGGUUGUUUGAUUACUGAAGGUUCUCGUGGUGAAGGUGGUAUUUUGAUCAACAAUGAAGGUGAACGUUUCAUGGAACGCUAUGCACCCACUGCCAAGGAUCUUGCUUCUCGUGAUGUGGUGUCUCGUGCUAUGACUCUUGAAAUCAAGGCUGGUCGUGGUGUUGGUCCUGAAAAUGAUCAUAUUUAUCUCCAACUUCAUCAUUUACCUCCUGAUGUUCUUCAUGAACGUUUACCUGGUAUUUCUGAAACUGCCGCUAUUUUUGCUGGUGUGGAUGUCACCAAGGAACCUAUUCCUGUUUUGCCUACUGUCCAUUACAACAUGGGUGGUAUUCCUACUCGUUACACUGGUGAAGUUUUACGUGUUGAUGAAAAUGGUCAAGAUCAAGUGGUACCUGGUUUGUAUGCUGCUGGUGAAGCUGCCUGUGUAUCUGUACAUGGUGCUAAUCGUCUCGGUGCCAACUCUUUAUUGGACAUCGUUGUCUUUGGUCGUGCUGUUGCCCAUCACAUUGCUGAAAACUUGGAACCUAACACUCCCUUGAAACCCUUCGCUGCUGAUGCUGGUGCCAAGACUAUUGAAAACCUCGACAAUUUACGCAAUGCUAAUGGUAAUAAAUCUACUGCUGAAAUUCGUCUCAACAUGCAAAAGGUGAUGCAAGCCGAUGCUGCUGUGUUCCGUACUCAAGAAACAUUGGAUCAAGGUUGUACUAAGAUUGAUAAGGUCUGGCAAUCUUUCAGUGAUGUCAAGGUGACUGAUCGUGGUAUGAUCUGGAAUACUGAUUUGGUGGAAACUUUGGAACUUCAAAACUUGUUGACUUGUGCUUCUCAAACCAUGCAUGCUGCUGCUGUUCGUACUGAAUCUCGUGGUGCUCAUGCUCGUGAUGAUUAUCCUGAUCGUGAUGAUGAAAAAUGGAUGAAACAUACCUUGUCCUGGCAAGAUCAACAAUCUGGUGAUGUCAAACUUAGCUAUCGUUCUGUCACUGAACAUACUUUGGAUGAAAAUGAAUGCAAGGCUGUUCCUCCCUUCGCCCGUGUCUAUUAGAUGAUCCCUCUCUCCAAUUCUCUUUUUCUUUUUCUUUUUUUUUUUAUAUAUAUAUAGUUAAUUAGUUUACCUGAUUAGCUAGAUUGUGAUUAUAUUUUUUUGUUCUCU